AUGGCAUCGGCACCGACGCGGACAAAAAAGGAAAAAGUCAAGGUGAAGGUGGUGCACCCGAACCCAGACGUGGUCAAGGGCGUCGAGUACUGGCAGGGUGUGCCCGCCACCGUCGAUGGCGUCCUGGGCGGCUUUGGCAAGGGGACGCUGCCCCGCGUCGACGCGUUGGGCUCUAGGACGUUUCUGGCCCAGGUCCUGCCGCGCUUGUCGGCCGUGGCGCCCUCGUCGGCACCCGAGGGCGCCGAGGCGUGGUUGAAGAGCCGGAUAGAAGAGCGUGGAGGCGAGGGUAGGGCCCGGACGCGGGCGCUGGACUGCGGUGCAGGCAUCGGGCGGGUGACUAGGGAUGCGCUCAGCAAGCUCGUCGAUGUCGUCCACCUCGUCGAGCCAGUCGAGAACUUCCUAGCAGAGGCAAAGAAGCAGUCCGCGACGUGGCCCAGCCUCACGACGCCUCCCUCGCUCUCGCCGUUCCGCGCCAGGAAAGCCGCGCAUUUCCACCUGAGCACGCUCCAGGCCUUUGACCCGUCGCUGCCAUACAGCUCCAGCGAGUCGGGGCCGAGAUCGCCAUCGCUCGCAAAGCGCAAAAGAACACAGGAAGACAAAGUCGAGGCAGUCCCAGGCUCGGCACCCUUUGAGCCAACACUUUCACCGCGAGACCAGGCGCGGGGCACCACCACCAACACGACGACGACGGAGAAGAACAAUGGCGAGGAGGAGCCGGGCGAGACGGAGGCCCUCUCGAAGCAGGAGCCGACAAAAUUCGACGUCAUCUGGUGCCAGUGGUGCCUCCAGCACCUCUCUGACCGCGACCUCGUCUCCUUUCUCCGCAAGGCCCAGGGCGCCCUCGUGGGGCCCACCACGGCCUACAAGCGUGACCAGGGCGCCGUCCUCGAUGGGAGCGGCAUCAUUGUCGUCAAGGAAAACGUGGUGCGGGAGCACGACGACGGCGAGGAGAAUGUGUGGUACGACGAGGAGGACAAGAGCAUCACGAGGUCGAUAAAUGCCUACGAGCGCGUCUUUGCCGAGGCUGGCCUCGUCCUGGUCCGAAAAGAGACACAGUUGGGGCUUCCAGAGGAGCUCUUUCCGGUCAUCAUGUGGUGUCUACGAGCUCCAGAGAAAUAG